CGCGCGCAAUGUGGUAGUGGAGCAGGCGCGAGUACUAAAGUCGCGUCGCAAACUGGCCCCCAGUUCCAAUUCCAGCAGCCCACCCGACACGGCGCCGCCGCAAUGUCUGUUAUUCUCUGCACCGCCGGCUACGACCACACGAUCCGCUUCUGGGAAGCGCUCUCGGGCAUCUGCUCGCGCACGAUCCCGCACCCGGACAGCCAAGUCAACCGCCUGUGCAUCUCGCCCGACAAGCGCUACCUGGCCGCCGCCGGCCACCACACUGUCAAGCUCUACGACAUCAAGUCGACCAACCCCAACGCGAUCCUGACCUUCGACGGGCACACCAGCAACAUCACCGGCGUCGCGUUCCACUGCGAGUCCAAGUGGCUCGUGACCUCGAGCGAGGACGGCACCGUCAAGAUCUGGGACACUAGGAGUGGCAAUGUGCAGCGCAACUACACGCACGGCGUGCCCGUCAACGAUGUGGUUAUUCAUCCGAAUCAGGGCGAGUUGAUCUCGUGUGACCGCGGCGGCAAUGUCAGGAUCUGGGACCUGGGCGAGAAUAAGUGCUCGCACCAGCUGAUCCCCGAGGACGACGUGAGCGUGGCGAGCGUCACGGUUGCCAGCGACGGGAGCAUGGUGUGCGCGGGCAACAACGCGGGCAACGUCUACGUCUGGAAAAUGGUCAUGCGCAACGACCUCACCUCGAUAAUCCCCGUGUGCAAAUUCGUCGCGCACCACACCUACAUCACGCGCGUCCUGCUCUCCCCCGACGUGCGCCACCUAGCCACCUGCUCCGCGGACCACACCUCGCGCAUCUGGUCCGUCGACCUGACCUCCCCGCACAACACCACGCCCUCGGACGCCUUGCCCAGCGCCGCAGAACGCGACCCCGCCGCCUUCCCGCUCGAGACCACGCUGCACGGCCACCAGCGAUGGGUCUGGGACUGUGCGUUUAGCGCCGAUAGCGCGUAUUUGGUGACCGCGUGUAGUGAUCACUAUGCCAGGCUGUGGGAGCUGGGGAGUCAGAGUAUUAUUAGGCAGUAUAAUGGGCAUCACAGGGGCGCGGUUUGUGUCGCGCUUAAUGAUACUGCGGUGGGGAAUUAGGGCGGUGGAUGGAUGGGUGGGGUGAACAGGGAAG